AUGGGUAGACAUUCACAUAAAAAGAAGUUGCAAUUACAACAAGAAAGAGAAAGAGAACUACUACAGCAAAAAUAUUAUGGAAAUACUACUACACCAUAUUAUCAACAACAAAACUCUUACCAACAACAACAACAACAACCAGUAGAAGUUCCAAAAAUUAUACCAACAGAAUAUGAAAAACCAACAGCAACCUUGAAAAACUUUCCAUCAUCAAUUGUUAAUGGUAUAACUAAAGAAGGUGGUGUUUUCUCAUUAACAUUAAAAUCUAUACAUUGUGUUAAAUAUGUUGAGAAUAAUGAUAAUAUGAGACGUUGUUUUAAAAAACCUAUAUUAGAUAUACCGAGAAUACUGAAUAUAAAUAGUGCAAAAUUAUUGGAACAAUUACAAAAAGAAUUAGAAGCCGUGAAAAAUGAACAAAUACCUUCAAGUGAUUCUUCAGAUAUAACAAAAUUAAACCAAAAAUUAAAUAAUGUUGCGGAAAAGGGCGUGGGUAUAGACGAAGUGAAUGAAGAAAUACGAAAAAAACUUGUUGAUAGUGGUAAUUUCAAGAUAUUAAACGAUAAAGGAUACGAUUUGAAAAAAUCUAAAAUAUCAGUACCACUAGAUGUUGCAAAGAAGGAAGAGGAAGAAGUUAAAAAGGAAGUAAAGCCAGAGGAAGAAAAGCCACUGGAAUCUACUAUUACAGAAACGAUACCUUCUACAAAUGGAAGUAGUGUAUGA